AUGCAGUUCCAUCAUUGUCAAACAGCCAUCAUCGUCACCGAGACUAUCCACCAGACAGUAAAGACCACGUCAACAUCAACCGCCACUACCACAACGGGUUACCCACGCCAGUGUAUAGUGCCCCGUAAUGUUCAUCUCGAGCGAAAAGAUGAAGUCCCAUCAUGUUGCAAAUGCUUCCUCACGACUACUAAGAAGUGUGGGACAGCCACGAGCACGGUGACUAAGACAGCAAUUACUCCUCUAGUUACAAAAACCAUAACCGUAUACUCAACUGUCUUCUCAGCGACUAUUAACAAGACCACUCAACUUGCAACAUCGACAGCCACAAGUACCACGAUAAACACAAGCACCAUCACUAGCUCUAUCACCAUCGUCGAUUCAACGCAGACAUCUACAACCACAUCCACAACAACAGUAGCUUUCGACGCUUGUGCGACUCCCUUUACUCUUGGCAUAAACCGGAAACCCUCCAGCCUCAACGUCCAGCUCGGUAUGACUGGCGACACAGGAAGCCUCACCCAAUGCUGCGAAAAUUGCUACAUGAACAAAAACUGCGUGUACUACGCGGUCAAUGCAGCAGUGGAUAUCUGUUAUGUUUCCUUCUCGAAGAAGACAGGCGCUGGAUGUGUGACAGCCGAGUGUCCGCUUGGGCUGCAGGACGGAGAUCUGUUAUCGGGUGAUGGGAAUACUUAUGGGUUUGGGCCUUGCUCGAGCGGGUUUGUGGCUUGAGAGGAUAAUCCUAGGUCUUCAAGAUGCUAACACCGAGUGGAUCGUUCGAGUACUAAGUUCGAGCGGUGGAAAUCAAGUAAUACGACUUUCGCCUUCCCGCAUUUAUAUCAUAGCUUUAAUGUAAGACUUGAG